AAGUCGCUGGUUCCACAAGCUCAAAAACAUGACCAGACCUAGAAAUAAACAUCCUCUUCCUUCUUACUACUUAAACACUACCAAGAAGAGAAAACCUUCCUCUGAGUCUAAGUCUCUUCGUCACUCUUCAACCUCUUACUUCUCCAAUAGGUCACACACUUCCUUUGACUCUAAGAUCCUUCAAAUUUCACCAAGAAACUCUCCUCACAAGAUACAGAGCAAAAGAAAGACUGUUUACAAGCCUUCUCCUCCUUCCACUUCUUCUGUGUCUGCAGGUUUUAACAAAAAGAAGAUCAAAUUUCAUCGAAACCAAGAUUCUUUCUCUGCCUCUUCCUACUUGAAAUACAGUUCUUCUGAAGAUGAUAUCAUCAUCGACAUGAAUAACAGAGAUUUCAAGAAGAAAAUGUUCAAAGAGAUCAAUAAGUUUGAUUCAACGGAGAAAGCCUGUCCUGCAAGUAACCGAACCAAGGAAACACUUCUAACUCAUCAUCUAUCUGUGAAGGUCAAUAAAGAGAAAGAAUAUCAAGAGGAAGAUGCAUGUCGAAUCCAGAAGAAACAUCAGAAAACAUUAGUUUCCGUUGGAAGAAGAUCAUCAGCUAAAUCUACAAGGAUAAAACUCAGAGUGAGUUCUCCAAGAAUUCAAGUCUCACCUCGUAGAAGCAAAUCGAGAUCACAGAACAAACAAGUUCUUGACAGUUUUGCAGUAAUCAAGAGUUCUCUUGAUCCAAAGAAGGAUUUCAGAGAAUCAAUGGUGGAGAUGAUAGCAGAGAGCAACAUCAGAACCUCUAAAGACAUGGAGGAUCUUCUAGCAUGUUACCUUACCUUGAAUGCCAAGGAGUAUCAUAAUCUUAUCAUCAAGGUUUUCGUUCAAGUCUGGCUUGAAGUUGUAAACUAUGAUCAAAAGCUUUAAAUCUCUGGUAAAUUGUACUUCUUUUAAAGAGUUUGAUGUAGCUGUGGAGAUUUUCUAUGCAAGACCAGUUUUGUGUUUUGUCUGUAUAACGUGAUAAAGACAGAUGGAGCACUCGCUUUCUUUUUGUAUAUGGUUAUGAUUUGUGGAGAUAAUAAAACAUACUUAUUCAG